GCACAAAGUCUGUGAAAUAUAACUGUCUUUAAAUGUUUAUAGUUUAAACUUCUAAAUAUGACCUAAAGUAAUUUAUAAUGUUGAAACGUACUAAUGUUUAGUCUAGUCAUUUUUGCUUCACCUAAAAUGUUCAUCCACCUGUGGUUAAGCUGGUUGCGGUUUGUCUCAAUGGUUUUCAGUAAAGUAAGCUAUUUAGAAAAAUAUUUAUCCACAAAACGCAUUGUAAAAAUUGUAUAUAGUGUCUGUUAGAUGCAGUUAAAACUGUUUAUUAUUUGUGGGUCCCUUUACAAGGUUAUCAAACAUUGUAAAUAAGAUAAAAAUGAAGAAUGCUAUCAUUUGAAAAAGGUAUAAUUUUACCAUUGUAAUGGUAGUAUUUUUAUUGUCAGACGCUUUUAACCAAUAAACAUGACAAACACUUGCAUAUAGCAAAUACAAAUAAUAUUAAAAAGCCGUGGUUUUACUGACGUGCGCGCGCCCACAGCUCCAACGUCACUUCAGCGUCUGGACGCUACCGCAGUCGUCAAGGAGACGCGCAUCUGUUACGGCGGGAGUGUCGGGCGGUCCUUCAUUCAAGCAUUUAUUCAUUGAGUUAUGAGUGAGGAAGAAAUAUGGAGAAGUGUCACCGAGCUAACGUGCUGGUGACGUCCUGUCUGAAGACGCCGGUAGACCCGCGCACUAAAGCUCCGUUAGCUCAGUACGAAAGGGAGAGGUCACUGCCGCGCGCCCUCGAGGGACCCACCGGCAACACGGACUAUGAGAGAGAGAUAGAGUAUGAUUCGGGAUCUGAUUUGGACGUUGACCCUCCUACCAAAGACAGCAAUCCUGUGAUGAUCAAAGAAUACAGUGUGCCGGGCGAUAACAUCGACUUUAAGCAGCUCUACUACUCCAACCAAGAGUACUACCAUAAACUAGAGCAGCUAAAGAAAGCUCAUCUUCAAACAAUGGCUGAACUCGAACUUAUGUAUCGCAAGAAACUGCAGCUCAAUAAUCAAACUCACCGUUCACAUCAGGAAAGGUCUAGUCCAAUGUUUACUGGCAGUCUGAGAAAAGCCCAAUCUGCUUUGGAGCUGCGGCGCAAUUCGAACCUCUCAGACGUGUCUGUUAAGGAGCAUGUUGCUGAUGUUGGCCAAGAAGACCAGAGCCACUACAAUGCAGGACCCCUCCUCUCCCCGAAAGAGCACAUAAAGAACAUGUGGCAGGACUUCAGAGUGCAACCGCUUUCUAUACCUCAACAGUCUACAUUUUCAUCCUCACUUCAGAGUCUGCCACGAGACUACCAGGCCACCAACAAACCUAGUGGUAAAGUCAGGGGUCAACAGAAAAAACAGAAGCAAGCUGAAGACGAUAGUUGGCAUCCGAGAGUCACGGUUCCCCAACCUUUCCAGAUGACACUUCGUGAGGCAGAACGACGAAAAAAGGGCGUAAAGUCACGUUCUGAAAUCGAACGAGAAAAUGAAGACCUCAGGCGCCAACUGGAGGAGAUCACAGAAUGCCAGCGGAAGUUCCGUGCCAGCCCGGUGCCUGCACAUGUACGCCUUCCGCUUUAUGAGGAGCUACACGAGAAAGAAGAGGAGCGCAGGCAGCUUCAUCGAGAGACAGAACAGCAACGUCUCCACGCCUCUCAGAGACCUUUCAGCUUCCUGGAGCGUGAGCGGCUGAAGAAAGAGCAAAAAGAGGCAGAGCUUCGUGAACAAAUGCUCAUACUGGACAAAGAGGAAGAGGAGAGAAGGAAACGUCCGUUCAGGGCCAAACCUGUUCCUCGGGCAGUGAAGGAGGCCGCGCUGGGUGAACAGCAAAAAGAAGAGGAACUCUAUCGGUUGAUAAAGAUGCAGAUGCGGGCAGAAGAGCUGCUUCACAGUGCAUCCAUGCCACCCAGCAUGUUAGCACGUCGCAUUAGCGAGAGACAAGCACAUAAAGCUGCCCAAGAAGACAAGCAAGUCUGCAGACCCAAGAUCAUCACAGAAGUUCCAGACUUUGAUGCCAGUUAUAGGAGGUUUCGGAAACAGCUGGAGAAACGGAGGGAUGUACGGCCCUUGACAGCAUGCGAACCCUUCAAACUGCGCACAGCUACUAUUGCUUCACACAAAGAACGCAUCAUGGCAGAUAUCGAGGCAGGGAAGCAAAGCCCAAAACCAACACGUUGGCCAUUUGUAAGCACCCCGGCUCUGUCGCCCUCAUCAUCUCUUUGUUCCUCAGUGUCUGGAAGUCAGGAAUACUUGUCCGCUAAGUUCACGGAUGCAGCCAAAAAGCGACAAGAAGCUGUGAGAAAAGUCCUAGAGCAGAGAAAGAAGGCAGAAGAAGAGGAUGAGAAGUGGAAGGAGAAGCAAAAACAGAGAGAGAGGAGACUACAAAGAGUGAUCUCAAAGCGAGCCCAGGCGAAUGACCCGCACGUUGCCCUGGCUCAAACAAGCCAGUGUAAACUCAAAGAGUUUAGAAAACAAGAUAUCCAAAGACGUCGAGAGUAUCAGGAAGAGAUGAGAGCAAUCCAGGAACGAGUUAAAGGGAGACCCUUGCUGUUGGAGCAGGUAGCACAGAUGAAUGCUAAGAGGGCAGCAGAAAAGCUCUACUCUGAUACUUUGCAUGGAUGUGGUCUGAAUGAAUCGUUUGUUAGCAAAAACGCUCCUAGAGGCCUAAAGCCAAGACAGGACACUUUAAGCCCUGCCGCCUUCUCAGACAGCGAGACUCCUCCCACAUCCAGAAACGAAGAUCCCCUAGAAUAUGGAAACCUGCAGGACUUUCUUCAUGAUGAUUACCCUGAUGAUUAUGAGGAGUAUGACCAUGAAGUGGAGGAGGACCACUUGGACAAAGAUGAAAAACCAAACGAAUAUCAUGACAGUGAUGAGGAAAAUGGGGAUGAUACAGACCACUCAUUUGAUGAUGAGCUGAAUGUUGAUGAAGAGCAGGAAGACCGUGAUGACAUCAUCAGUAAGCGCAGCCAGAGCAGCAAAGGAAGUGACAGUAACAACAGUCACCAUAGCAACAGAAGCAGAUCAGGAAGUAUUGGUUCAUGAUAAAGAAAAAAUGAGAGAAUCAGAAAAUGGAUGAACAUGAGUGAAUGUAUUCAUGUUGUUAGUCUCACUUGUGCCCCUUGUGGAGAUAUAUGGUGUUUUUUUCUAAAAUAUAUGUGUUUAUCUUUGUUUUAAAUAUAUUUUUAAUAAAAUUUAAAUUGAACAACCAUCAGCGCGCUAUUAUGUAUAAAAGGUAAAUCUGUCAAAACAUUUCAAGGUCACAUUUCACAAGUCAACAGAAACAAAAACGAUCUGCAAUUGGUUUUGCAUUGUAAUACUAACGUUGACGUUAUAAGAUUAUGUUAUGAAUUUCGUGUGUUAUAUUUACACUGUAUUACAUUAGCUCUUGUUAUUAUUUUAUUGUUAAUGUGAUGUAUUAGAGAAUACUAGUAAAAAAAGUAAUAAAUUAACUCACUAUUACGAUUUUAUCAUCGUGUUUCGGUUUCUUUUAGUUAUAAAAUAUAUAUACAAGCAUAUUAAAACGUUUUAAACACGAGGUACGGUCUAA